UCAGAUGAGCAGAUGAGUUUUGACAACAUUUCUCGCACUGGUUUUGCUGUAAACUGGGGGACGCGGGGGCGCGCUCGAGGGGGACGGAGCGCGCAGCCCCAGGAUCAAGUUACAGUCCCAGUCCCAGACUUUUCAAGGCAACAUUUUUUCCUCCAUCACAAAAGUGGGGGAUGGUGAACGCUAUUUGGUUUCUUCAAACUUUUUAGAGUAACGAAAAACGCAGCUGGGGUAAACUUUGUGUUGGAAUUUAAAACGCAACCUCUGUUUACAGCUUUCACGCACCGCGUUUGUACCAUGAAGAGAUUUUUAAUAGUAUGUGAGACAGAAAGGAGGCAUAAAAAACUUUGGAAUCGGACGAAAAGACACUUCUUUUAAAGGGGAAAAUGUCAAAUCGGGAAUCUAGGAAAUAUCCACUCUUUGACUUGAUUUAAAACCUUCAAGUGCAUCGAGCACGAGUGGAGACCCGACAGUUUAUUUGGAAACAUUUGAUGAAACAUCGCUACAUUGUUGGGUCUCCAAGAUGUCCUCCAAGCGCCUCUGCUCCAUUGUUGGAGGCUUUUGGAUGCUUUGGAUCUGGGCAGAAACCUCUAUAAUCGCUCAGGCGGUCAUCUUGCACCCAAAUGAAACGAUAUUCAACGACUUUUGUAAGAAAUCCACAACUUGUGAAGUAUUAAAAUACAAUACGUGCCUUGGUUCACCUUUGCCGUACACGCACACAUCUUUGAUUCUGGCUGAAGACUCAGAAACUCAAGAGGAAGCCUUGGAGAAAUUGGCCAUGUGGUCUGGGUUGAGAAAUGCUCCUCGCUGUUGGGCCGUCAUUCAACCGUUGCUGUGUGCCAUUUACAUGCCAAAAUGUGAAAAUGGAAAGGUUGAACUGCCCAGCCAGCACCUGUGCCAAGCUACACGCAAACCUUGCAGUAUUGUGGAGCGGGAGAGGGGCUGGCCCAACUUCCUCAAGUGUGAAAACAAGGAGCAGUUCCCUAAGGGUUGCCAGAAUGAGGUCCAGAAGAUCAAAUUCAACACUUCAGGACAGUGUGAGGCUCCCUUGGUCAAAACCGACAUCCAGGCAAGUUGGUACAAGGACGUGGAAGGUUGUGGGAUCCAGUGCAACAAUCCCCUGUUCACAGAAGACGAGCACUCGGACAUGCAUAACUACAUUGCCAUCUUCGGCUCCAUCACUCUCCUAUGUACCUUCUUUACGCUGGCCACAUUUCUCGCCGACUGGAAGAAUUCCAACCGUUACCCCGCUGUGAUCCUCUUUUACGUCAACGCAUGUUUCUUUAUCGGAAGUAUUGGAUGGCUCGCUCAGUUCAUGGAUGGAGCCCGUAAGGAGAUUGUUUGCAAAAGCGACGACACUAUGCGGCUUGGAGAGCCAUCAUCCACCGAGACACUGUCGUGCGUGAUUAUCUUCGUCAUUGUGUAUUAUUCGCUAAUGUCUGGAGUCAUUUGGUUUGUUAUGCUCACUUAUGCCUGGCACACAUCAUUCAAAGCCCUGGGCACCACCCACCAGCCUCUGUAUGGAAAAACGUCCUAUUUUCACCUGGUCACAUGGUCUAUUCCUUUCAUUCUGACAGUUGCUAUACUGGCCAUUGCAGAGGUGGAUGGAGAUUCGGUUAGCGGCAUUUGCUUUGUUGGCUAUAAGAACUACAGAUUCCGUGCAGGGUUUGUUCUGGCUCCUAUCGGGGUGGUCCUUGUUGUUGGCGGUUAUUUCCUAAUACGAGGGGUUAUGACAUUGUUUUCCAUUAAAAGUAACCAUCCAGGGCUGCUCAGUGAAAAAGCUGCUAGUAAAAUCAAUGAAACCAUGCUGAGGCUUGGCAUAUUUGGAUUCUUGGCCUUUGGUUUUGUUUUCAUCACUUUCGGCUGCCAUUUCUAUGACUUUUUCAACCAAGCUGAGUGGGAAAAAAGCUUCAGGGAAUAUGUACUCUGUGAGGCGAAUGUCACCAUAGCUCACCAGACCAACAAGCCAAUCCCAGAGUGUGCCAUCAAGAACAGGCCUAGUCUGCUGGUGGAGAAGAUCAACCUCUUUUCAAUGUUCGGCACAGGCAUUGCAAUGAGCACAUGGGUUUGGACGAAGGCCACCAUCCUUAUUUGGAAACGCACCUGGUUCAGAAUCAUUGGCCGAAGUGAUGAUGAGCCGAAACGUAUUAAGAAGAGUAAAAUGAUUGCCAAGGCAUUCUCAAAGCGAAAAGAACUGCAGAAGGAUCCAGAAAAAGAGCUGUCCUUCAGCAUGCACACCGUUUCUCAUGAGGGACCUGUGGCGGGUAUCAACUUUGACCUGAAUGAGCCAUCAAUGGAAAUGUCUUCUGCAUGGGCCCAACAUGUGACCAAGAUGGUGGCUAGAAGAGGGGCAAUUUUACCACAAGAUAUCUCAGUGACGCCCACCGGAACACCUGUUCCGCCUCCAGAGGAAAGGAACAAACUUUGGAUGGUUGAAGCAGAAAUUUCUCCUGAAAUGAUGAAAAGAAAAAAGAAGAAGAAAAAGAGAAGGAAGGAAAUACGGCCAACUGGUCCUGCAGCGGACGAAGGGAAUCCUGCCUACCACCGGAGGGAGUUUGGCCCCAGCUCAGUCCCCCGUCUCCCAAAACUUCCAGGUCACCGGAGUCUGGUGGCUAACCUUUGGGAGCAGCAGCGACAGCAGCAGGAGGAACAGGAUAUGCUACCUGGAGCCUUCCCAGAAUUCAGGCUGUGUCCUCUUCCUUAUCAGGAGAGGUAUGGUGGGCUGGGAUACUUACACAAUAAACCCUCCAGCCUCCCCCUUGCCAAUCCCCUGACUCUACGAGAUAGCAUGCAAGAUGAUUUGGGUGGCUUCCAGCAAUCAUCAUGGCAGCCUAAUGGGGUUUUCCGGUACCUUGGGCAGGAGGCUUCCGCGAUGGAUGCUGGCAGGACUACUGUUGUGUCACGGGCCGAUGGCAGGAGGGGUGUACCAAUACACUCCAGAACCAAUCUUAUGGAGGCUGAGCUAUUGGAUGCUGACUCAGAUUUUUAAAUAUUAGGAGUUGUUGGUGCUCAUUUUGCGCAGUGAAAGGUGCUGGAUACUCAUGCCAAACAAUGAACCUGGAGCAGAAGUGGUAUUGAACUGCUGUGCUGGCUCUGCUUGUCUAAAGGAUAAUACUUUUUUAUGCAACUCUCAUGAUAUGAAUUAUGAACUGGAUUUAUGAAACAUUAUUAAAGAGUCAUAAAGACAUUUCUGCCUUCAACAUGGAUUUUGUAACAUCUCACAUGUGAUUGUGGUGACAAUACAUAUUGUUCAGUUUGCUAGCUGAGCUAAUAUGACAUAAUUUUGAUUCCUUUCUUGGUUUGGAAACAGGUUAGUGUUUAAGGGGGCUUUAUUCAAGAAAGCCACAUAAGUGGGAUCUCAGCUUAAAGAGGAAUUGUGUAAUUUCUGCAGCACUGGAGUUACCAAAUGGAAUCACAAAAACAAUCACUGUUUUCAAACAGGUUUUCCCAUCUUUCAAUCAAAAAGAUAGCCCCACCCAGAACACAUGCCAUUUCCUGAGCCAGUGUUGCUUUGUUGGCGUUUCGAAAAUAGCCAUUUUUCUGAUAUCUUGACCUGUAGGUGGCGCUGUAACCAAAUUUGGUAUUUGCCUUCAGAUUAUGGCACCAAUGAAGGGUGCCAAGUUUUGUUUCGAGAGAUUGAAGUACUGCCAAGAUACGGUCUCUAAUCCAAUUUUGGGUCAACAUUGUUAACUUAAUCUUAAAGGGAUAGUUCACCCAAAAAUGAAAAUUCUGACAGCUCCUGCAUCAGCAGCACCACACAAAUGCGUUGUGGCACUCUCGUAAAUGCCCAUCGAAGGCUGACAUAGAAAAGAAGAAAUUGUUGAAUAAAGUUGUUAUUUUUGUCUUCUUUGCACACAAAAAGUAUUCUCGUAGCUUCAUAAAAUUAAAGCUGAACCACUGAUGUCACAUGGACUAGUUUAAUGGUGUCCUUACUACCUUUCUGGGCCUACAACAUGGUAGUUGCGUUCCUGUCUAUGCAGGGUCAGAAAGCUCUCGGAUUUAAUCAAAAAUAUCUUAAUUUGUUUUCCGAAGAUGAACGAAGGUCUUACGGGUUUGAAACAACAUGAGGGUGAGUAACAAAUGACAGAAUUUUCAUUUUUGUUUAACUAUUGCUUUAAUGUCAUAAUUAUAUUGAAAGGAGACCAAAAAAAAAAUGUUCUGUCAUUUCUGUGCAACUCAGUUCAAUGAUCAUCUGGUCCAAUUUUGAUAAGAAUAUUGACUGUUUUCGAACAGGUUUUCCUGUCUGCCAUUGGUCAGUCAAAGAGAUAGCCGUGCCCAGAACACAUGCCAUUGGUUGAGCCAAUGAUACUGUGUCAACAUGUUCAAAUAAACAUACAGUGUAUGAAACAGUGUACGAAUGGCUUAUUUAAAGUUGUCCCUACAUAAUAAACUGGGAUAGGAAAAAUUAUGUUUAAUAUUAAGUAACACCAGUUUUUUCAUAGUGAUAUAAUGGCCUAUAGGCCAUUAUAUUACCAUUGGUAUGAAAAAUUAAACAAACAAAAAAUACACAGUCUGUAAUGUAUCUGUUGAAAAACCUCACAAUUAAACAUCCUUGGCCACACCUUUAGACAUAGAGAAACGGAACUGACAAAAGUGCUAUUUCAUCAAAAAAAGAGAAUUUAUUCAUAGCUAUUAUUGUUACUUUUUUUUGCUUUGGAAAAAUUGCCUGGUGCAAUCACAAACAAGUCCACCUCAUUCAAAGAGAAAAAGAGAAUAUAAAGGGCAUUGCUUUUGUUUAAAAAUUGUAGCUCAAAAGGGCAAUGGUUAUGUAAGAUUCUGUUUCCAUUGACAUUUAUUUCUGUACAGUGCUAUUACAAAAACUAUUUUUGUACUUUAUAUUGUUUUUUUUUCACCAGUUUUAUUUUAUAUUAUUUUAAACUGUACAUACUUUAUAUCACAUUUUUGUUUCUUACACCCAUUGGAAUGAUUUUUGUUUCAUACACAUAUGGAUUUGCUUCUCGGUGUGAAUUUUGUUUAAAAUGUUAAGCUUAUUUACGCAUUUUAUUAUUUUUAUUUUUCUAUUUUUCUUUGAGCGUUGUUAAUAUCUGUGGCAAUAUUAACAAAAAAGCAGCUGUGCAGCAUUUUUCUGACAAUUUGAAGCUGUCCUUCAAGAAUGUAUUUUAAGAAAAAGUGUUUAAUGAAGAUGCUGUGCUGCCCCCAUCAUCACUGUUGCUGUUAUUCCCUCAUAAGAGCCAGUCUGUCCUUAUCAAUAGUAUUUCAUUUCAGUAUUUUCAUGUGUGUGAGUGAUCUUUGCUGUUUUCCUGCCGGAGUCUCAUUCCAUUGUAUAUAUUUUUAAUAUUGACGUACCAUUAAUGAAUAAAAUGUACUGAAAUCUAAAGGAUUCAUAUUAUGUUGAAUGCUUCAAGGUUAUUUUCAUUACACACAUGAAAAAGGAAAUAAUGUUUAGUAUUGCUGAAUAAAAUUAAUGUGACAAUAUGUGUAUAUAAUAGAGUGUAUAUAUUUUUUUAUUUUGUAGAGAAUACCCAACACUAUACGAAAAACUGUAUCUUUAUGUAGUAGUACGUAAAAAAGGAUUGGCCCAUAUAUUUUCCUCUCAUUGAUAUUCCUGUACUCACAGAUUUUCUCCAGAUUUGAAUGAUUUUGUACGAAUUGUAUAAAGCUGAAUAACAACAUUCUGUUACUUGACAGCUGGCAGUGUUUUGAAAAUAGUUAUAUUUUUACAUAGUUUAUACG